GUAUGUUUUGGUCUGACUAUUGACAUCAUUUUUAAUAUUGAAUCAGAUUUUACAUUCAGUUACUACUCAGUACUCAAGUUGUUGUUUUUGAUCAAAUACUUUUUGCUCUUACUUAAAUUAUUUCUAGGGAGCCGGUUAUUGGUUUGACUUGAGUAUAUAUAUGAUUUCAUUUUGCUUUUACUUGAGAACAAAUAUGGUUCCAUUCUGGCUUAAUUUCUGUGCUGGAAUCUGAGGUAGGGUUGUAGUUCUGACAAGGAGCCAACAGGUGGCGGCAUUUAACAAUCAUGACCCCAGAUUCAAGUCACAAACCAAAACCAAACUGUUUUUCUCUGAUUUAUCCUGCUGGCUGUACAGUUCAUACAGAUGGAGUUUUUAAACAAAAGAAGAAGACAACGUCAUCUGUGAUUGGCCUUUAGAAAAAAAAAGGAAGUGACGCACCUUUCUAGAACAAACUAUUAAGCGGGAAUGAAAAGGUCCAUACGUACCGCCUGUUGAAACAGAAAACGAGUUAUAGAUUUAGAUAUUUUGCACGGAGAAGAAUAAAUGAACACCGUAUCAAGACGGAACUGAAAGGUUGUUUUUGUGAGUGUUUGAUAUUCAGCUAUGAAUCAGCUUCAGCAGGACGUUCUUGCAAGGGAAAUUUUACCACCAGGGGAGGAUGAAACUCAAAGGCCAGCUGUCCAGCAGCACAUUGAAAACACUGCUGAACCUGAAAUUACUGGACCGGUUCCAGCUCCUGACCCAAGCUGUGUGUCCGUGAAAAGUGACUGGUCCAUGCGGUCUCCUCCCUAUUUCAGUGCAUCUGAGAGAAAUCAUCAAAGAAAAGGUUUACUUUCCUUUCAACCAAAUAACAGUGACGGCCAUCUAAAGGGAUGUGAACCUUCUACAAAGAAGAGGAAACUGGACUGUUCAGACUGCACUGAACCUGAUCUCGAACCUGCAUUGAAAAAUAGUGAUUCACGCUCCAGAGAUGGACUCCAUGAUGCAAACCACAGAUUUGAAAAUGAGAGCAUGAAGUUUACCAGGCACCAAUCAACCCAGCAGCAUCUCAACUCCAUAUUUAUGGUUUUGGAGGAAAACAUUGUUGCUUUUGUGAGGAAUGAAUUGAGUCACAUUUCUAAGGCUGUGGCUUCAGGUUGCCCAGAAGACGGUCAAAGCAAUGUGAAGGAUGUGUCGAAGGGUGAGGAUGAAGAGCAGAAGAGGAGCAGCAGGGAGGCAGUUCUGAAACUUGCCAUGAACUUCCUGAGGACGAUGAAGCAGGAAAAGCUGGCCGACCUUCUACAAUGUGGGACUAGUGCUGCAGUUGGUCAACGUAAGCUUAAAUCUAAGCUGAAAAAGAACUUCCACUGUGUGUUCGAAGGGAUUGCUAGAAAAGGAAACCAAACCUGUCUGAAUCAGAUUUACACGGAGCUCUACGUCACAGCGGGCGGGAGAGCGUCAGUCAGCGAUCAACAUGAGUUCAUGCAGAUCGAAACCGCGAGCAGAAACCCAGACAAAGGAGAAACCAAAAUCAUGCACGAACAAAUUUUUGAGAGUUCUCCUGAAAAACUUCGGCCAAUCAGAGCGGUGAUAACGAAGGGAGUGGCUGGCAUUGGCAAGACAGUCCUGACACAGAAGUUCGCUCUGGACUGGGCUGAAGACAAAACCAAACAGGAUGUCCACUUUGUGUUUCCAUUCAUGUUCAGAGAACUGAAUGUGCUGAAAGAGAAGUUCAGUUUGAUGGGUCUUGUUCAUCACUUCUUUACUGAAACCAAAGAAAUCUGCGACUUUGAAAAGUUCCUGGUUGUUUUCAUCUUCGACGGUCUGGAUGAAUGCCGACUUCCUUUGGACUUUCACAACAACGAGAUCCUGACGGAUGUGACGCAGUCUGCGUCAGUGGAUGUGCUGCUGACGAAUCUCAUUAGAGGGUACUUACUUCCUUCUGCUCGCCUCUGGAUAACCACGCGUCCUGCAGCAGCCAAUCAGAUCCCUCCUGAGUGUGUUGACAUGGUGACAGAAGUCAGAGGGUUUGCAGAUCCACAAAAGGAGCAUUAUUUCACUAAGAGAAUCAGGGAUGAGAAGAAGGCCUGGAGGAUCAUCUCCCACAUCAAAAAAACAAGAUCUCUCCACAUCAUGUGCCACAUCCCCAUUUUCUGCUGGAUCACAGCCACAGUUCUGGAGGAUGUGUUCAAAACCAGGGACAGAGAAAAGCUGCCAAAAACUCUGACUGAGAUGUACAUCCACUUCCUUGUGAUUCAGACCAAAGUAAAGAGCUUGAAGUAUGACGGAGAAGCUGGGUUGGAUCACUGGAGUCCAGAGAACAUAAAUAUGAUCAAGUCGUUGGGAAAACUGUCAUUUGAGCACCUGCAGAAAGGAAACUUAAUCUUUAAUAAAUCAGAUCUGGAAAAAUGUGGCAUUGACAUUCGAGCAGUCUCCAUUUCUUCAGGAGUGUUCACUCAGAUCUUCAAAGAGGAGAAGGGAGGUUUGUAUCAAAACAAGGUGUUCACUUUUGUGCAUCUGAGUGUUCAGGAGUUUCUAGCUGCUCUUUAUGUCCAUUUGAUGUUCUUCGACUCUGACGUCAAUCUUCUGGAAGAUGAGAACUCAUCUGAGUUUGAAGAUUUCUACCAGAGUGCUGUGAAUAUGACCCUCAGAAGUCCCAAUGGACAUCUUGACUUGUUCCUCCGCUUCCUCCUGGGCCUUUCACUGCAGAGCAAUCAGACUCUGCUGCAAGGCCUCCUGAGAAAGACGAGUGUCAGUACACAGAUGGAUAUUAGCCCAAUUACCAUUGAAGUUACAAGAAAAUACAUCAAAAAGAAGCUAAAUGAAGGUCUUUCUGUAGACAAGAGCAUCAGUUUGCUUUACUGUCUGAAUGAACUGAAUGAUCAUUCCUUAGUGAAAAAGAUUCAAGAGUCUUUGGCCUUCGAGCAACUUUCCACAGAUGAGCUGUCACCUGCAGACUGGUCAGCGCUCGCGUUCCUUUUGCUGUCCUCAGAAAAAGACCUGGAUGUGUUUGAGCUGAAGAAAUACUCUGCUUCAGAAGAGGCUUUCUUCAGGCUGCUGCCUGUAGUGAAAGCAGCAAACAAAGCUCUGCUGAGUGGUUGUAACCUGUCAGAAGGAAGCUUUGAAUCGUUGUCCUCAGUGCUCAGCUCCCACUCAUCUGUCCUGAGAGAGCUUGACCUGAGUAACAACGACCUCAAGGACUCAGGAGUAAAUCAGCUGUCAGCUGGUCUCAAGAGUCCUUAUUGCAAACUGGAAACACUCAGGUUGAGUCUCUGUAACCUCAACAAGAAGAGCUGUGAGAUGCUGUCCUUUGUGCUCAGCACCAAAUCCUCUAUUCUGAGAGAAAUGGACCUGAGCAACAAUGACUUGGAGGAUGUGGGGGUGAAGCUGCUCUCUUCUGGACUGGAGAGUCCUCACUGCAAGCUCCAAAAACUCAGGCUGUCUGGCUGCUUGGUAACAGAGGAGGGAUGCAGGUCUCUGUUCUCUGCGCUGAGCUCCAACCCGUCCCAUCUGACAGAACUGGACCUGAGCUACAACCAUCCGGGAGAAGCAAUAGUGAAACUUUUCUCUGCAAAGCUGCAAGAUCAAAACUGGAAACUGGAUGUUUUAAGGAUGGAGCCUUUUGGAGAACAAUGGUUGAGACCCGGCCUGAGAAAAUAUUACUUUAAGCCCACAUUUGACCCAAACACUGUUAACAGACAGAUAAAACUGUCUGACAGUAGGGUCAUACAUGUGCGAGAGGACCAGUCAUAUCCUGACCACCCAGAGAGAUUUCAGGACUGUCCUCAGCUGCUGUGCAGUGAGGAUCUGACUGGUCGCCAUUACUGGGAGGUGGAAUGGAGCGGAUGGGUGGAUGUUUCAGUGAGUUACAGAGGAAUAAGCAGGAGAGUGGAGAGAGCAGACUGCAGGUUUGGUGGGAAUGAGCAGUCCUGGAGUCUGAGCUGUUCAGAUGGGGGUGGGUACUAUGUUUACCACCAGAAAAAAAGAUCAUUUAUCUCACACUCAUCCGCUGCGCCCAAGAAGGUAGUGGUGUAUCUGGAUUAUCCGGCUGGAAGUGUGUCGUUCUUCAGAGUCUGUGAUGAUGCUCUGAUUCACCUCUACACCUUUAACACCACCUUUACUGAACUUCUGCGUCCGGGGAUCGGCUUUAGAUUCAGGCUCAGGUCCAAGACUGAUUCCUUUGCAUCGUUAUGCUCCCUGUGAUUACAUUUUGCAAUGACUGACCCGACGGCUCAGUCUACAGCAUUAACUCCACCCACUAUGUAUUGAUUUAUAUUUGAUGUCUGUGUUAUUGUUUAUAUUUUUUAACUUUGAUAUUUUGUCUUUUAGUUUUUGUACUUGCUGCAGUGUCAAUUGCCCAUUUGAAUCUGAAUCAGCAAAUUAAUCAUUCACAGAACUGAAAUACAUACGAGUAUUAGGGCCACAAUAAGAAAUGAAGAAAUAAAAUAAAGUCAUAAUAUAAUAAUUUUAUUCUUUUAGUACUAGAGCUUUAUUCUCGUAAAACUGACUAUUCUUUUACAAUUUUAUUCUUGCAAUGUGACUUCAUUCUCAUUAUUUCAUUAACUCUGUAGCCAUAGUUUAAAAUAGUAUCCUAAGUAAUAUUGAAAAUAUGUCAUCAGCAAAAGUAUGAAACGUGAUAAAAUCUAUUACAUUUAUUUUUAACAAGGUCAGCAGGUGAAACAGCUGGAAUACUUUGUGUUUUGCGUGCUGCCCUCUGGCGGACAUUAUGUUGAAAGACAUCAGAGCUGGAGAAAAAAAAAUGUUUACUGUAUAAAUGAUCAAAGUGACAUUAUUUAGUUAGGGGGAAAAUCUAAAAAUCCCUUUAGAUCUACUUUGUAAUUAAAUUAAUUUAUGUUUUUUGACCAAGCUUAAUCUUGUCCGGAUCACUGCACAAACAACUCUUCACCAGUUAAUGCAGUAAAGUGUAAAGAAAAUGUAAGGAAUAAAUAAAAAUUUAAUUCUGUA